AUGUCAGGAGUGCGGUUAGCAGGGGGCAGGAGUCUCUGCUCUGGCAGAGUUGAGGUUCUGCGAGGGACGUCCUGGGAUACAAUCUGUGAGGCCGACUUUGACAUGAAGGACGCAGAAGUCGUCUGUCGCCAACUAGACUGUGGAUUUCCAGCAGAGCUGCUGAGAGGGGCUUAUUUCGGAGAGGGGCAGGGGCUGAUCAGGACAGAGGAGAUCCAGUGUCGGGGAAAUGAGACCAGAAUUCACGACUGUCCCACCUCAACCAGGGAGCAUCAGAGCUGCGCUCACAGCAAUGACAUCAGCCUGGUCUGUACAGAAUACAGUGGUUACAGGCUGGUGGACGGCCCUGACUCCUGUUCUGGUCGGGUGGAGCUGCAGUACCGUGGUGAAUACAGGACAGUGUGUGACCAAUACUGGGACCUGAGAGACGCCACUGUUCUCUGCCAGCAGCUGGGCUGUGGGGAGGCUGUAGCAGCUCCAGGACAGGCCUGGUUUGGACAGGGCAGUGGAUCAAGAGGGGUCUGGACAGAGGAGCUCCAGUGUCAGGGCAACGAAUCUCAGAUUUUCUCCUGUCCAAAGUCAUCCACAACAUCACAGAACUGCACACAUGAGAACAACGUGGGACUGGUGUGUUUUGGAUACACAGGGUUCAGGCUGGUGAACGGCUCAGACUCCUGCUCUGGCCGAGUGGAGUUGCAGUGGCUCUUCAAGGACUGGGGGACAGUGUGUGACCUGUACUGGGACCUGACAGAUGCCAGUGUUCUCUGCCAGCAGCUGGGCUGUGGGGAGGCUGUAGCAGCACCAGGACAGGCCUGGUUUGGACAGGGCAGUGGACCAGUAUGGGCUGAUGUGUUUGAGUGCCGGGGUAAUGAGAGCCGUCUCUCACACUGCACUGUCUCUUCAUGGGGGAGAGCAGGGUGCUCUCAUGGACAGGACGCAGGAGUCAUCUGCUCUGCCCAGCGCUCCCUCAGGCUGGUUGGGGCAGGAAGCGACUGUGCUGGGAGGCUGGAGGUUUAUCACAAUGGCUCCUGGGGGACAGUCUGCGAUGACUCCUGGGGCCUGGCAGACUCUCAGGUGGUGUGCAAGCAGCUCCAGUGUGGGACAGCCCUCAGUGCUCCAGUGCCGGCCUCCUUCAGCCAGGGAACUGGAACCAUUUGGCUGAACAAAGUGGGCUGCCUGGGGAAUGAGUCCUCUCUAUGGGAGUGUCCCUCGGCAGGGUGGGGACAACAUGACUGUGGACACAAGGAGGAUGUGGGAGUGGUGUGUUCAGAGUUCAAGGAGCUGAGACUGGCCGAGGGCUGUUCUGGUCAGCUGGAGGUGUUCUACAAUGGCACCUGGGGCAACGUGUGCUGGAAUAGCAUGAGUGAGGACACAGUGAGUCUGAUCUGUCAGGAGCUGAACUGUGGGAAGAGUGGGCGUGUUGUUGAAUCUCGCCCCAGACGGGACUCCGCUCCUCACUGGCUUGAUGAAUUUAAAUGCCGCCCUCACGACUCCACGCUGUGGCACUGCCCCUCCUCUGCCUGGAAUCAGAACCAGUGCACAGACUCUGAAGUGGCUCUGAUCACCUGCUCAGAUGAAGAGAAGAAGUCUGUGCCCCGGAGUUUCAAAUCCUGUUCCACAGCCUCAGGCCAGGACACAUGUUCAAGCAGCACCAGGACAACACCCCAGACACAGCAGCUGGGAGGCCUCUCCAUCUCACUCCCGGUCCUCCUGCCACUGGGGGCUCUGCUUUUUGUGGUGUUGGCCCUGUUAGUGUGGCAGCUGAUCCAUAACAGGAAGCUGAGGAAAGGAGAGCUGAUGUCCUCUGUGAAAGAAGAGGCUCCAGAGUACUAUGAUGAUACUGCAACUGUACCUCAGAGCCCAGAUGCCUUCUCAGAUGAAACUUUAGAUGUUUCACAAAGGUUCACAGCAUUGCUCUCUCUGUCCUGA